GGCCGGUCACCCCACCAAACUAGUGAGCGGAGUCUGCUUUUUACAUCAAAAUGAACACGUUCGUGCUUUGUUAAUUCGCGAUACACAAAUGAUCAAGUAACCACAGCCUUGAAACACAGCAUCACACAGUGCUACUUGAAUACAAGAAUAACGUCAACUUUGUGUACCCCAAGCUAGUGCGUUGAAAUAAAAACCAGUGUAAAGUAGUAAUAGAACUUUUAUAAUCAUUAGACGAUGGAAACUUUCAUAGAAGGAGUUCGCUUACACCCCUGUUUAUGGAACCCAAUGCAUCCCGAAUAUCGCGAAGUGCAUGUCAAGGAUGAAGCUUGGCAACGUGUUGUAGACCGCUAUAACAACAAUUCCAUACCAAAUAUACAGAUCGCAAAAACAGAAUGGAAGAAACUACGUGAUAAUCAUCGCGACGCACUAAAAAGAGCUAAACUAGGCAAAAAUAAAUUAUUGCCUGCUCAAAUAACUACUUGGAAAUACGCCAAAGCAAUGCAGUUCCUAGAACCACACAUGAAGUACCGAAUUACUGAAAAUAUAGAAUUCGAAGCCCCAUCGGGCGUGAGUGGUUGUUUAAAAAAUUCAGAACAAGAUGUUACAACCACCGAUAAUGCCGAAAGUGUUUUAGUGAACGGUCAUAUGUCCAAAAAAAGGUGUGUGGAAUGUAAAAGUGAACCUCGUCAUGAAGGUGAAGCAUUGGAGUCAUUCUUCAAUUGUAUACUUCAAACUACCAAAACCAUGCCCUUGUGGAUGCAAACACAAGUGAAAAAGAAAAUAUUCGCGGUAAUUAUAGAAGCCGAAGAAUACUUAUCCGGCCAAGGACAAGAGCAUGGCUUAAUAGAAAAAAAAGAUGCCAUGGUUCAUUUUGAAAAGAAAAUAAAAAAAGAGAUUUUUAACGACGAUAGCUGCGAUAAUGAAUAUACAUAAAAUUAUUACUGAUUUUAAACUUUAGUAACUAACUAUUUGAAUACUGUUUUUAAUUAAAAUUUUCCAUGUGAAUUGAAUGGUCACUUCGCUAAGUGACAGGAUUUCGUAAAUAUAGCUUACCUAUAAAAUAUUUUAAUACUAAGUGCUGUGAAAAGUUAAUAUUCAUAAAAUCUUUAGUACUGAUUUCAAACUUAAGAAAACGCGAUGUGAAUUCAGCUAGUUUAAUCAGUUGAAUGAUUUUCCAUGUAUCCGUAAUUUAUAUAAGUGAGGUAUCCCUAAGGUGUCUGGUGACUUGAAAACAAUAAUGAUACAAAUUUUUGAUGUAACUUAUCUUUAAAAAAAUCGCACCUCUGAUCUACCUUUAAGUAGAAUUGUGACAAUUCCAUAGUGACAUGAUGUGAAUUUAAUAAAACUGAAUCGUAAUAACCAAAGAUGAA